AUGGCAGACGCUAACGACAGUUCAGACUCGAACUCAACGUCCUCCUUUGUUUCGGCGCUGAUUUUAUAUGGGAUCAUCGGGCUAGUUUACACGCUCAUCUUCCUCGCGCUGCGCAAGCGCUACAGACGGGUGUAUGAACCACGGACCCUCGACGAUGUGCGCACGCUACAGCCUUCGGAGCGGGUGGAGUCGGCACCGGCGGGGUACGUCUGGUGGCUGCCACACCUGCUCUACAAGCCCCACAAGUCACUGCUGCAGCACAUGGGCGUGGACGCGUACUUCUUCGCACGCUACUUGGCCGUGUUUGGGACGCUGGCGUUGAUAGGGUGCUUUAUUCUUUUGCCGAUCCUGUUGCCCGUGAACGCGGCGGGCGGCCGCCACCUCCGCGGCUUCGAGCGCAUAUCCUUCAGCAACGUGGCCAUGAGCCGGCGCCUGUACGCGCACGUGUUCCUGUCGUGGAUAUUCUUUGGGCUCGUGCUCUACGUGAUCUACCGCGAGUUGUACUACUAUGUGUCCAUGCGCCAGGCGCUGCAGACCUCGCCCUACUACUCGUCGCUGCUGCAGUCCCGGACGGUGCUAUUCACGGACGUGCGCGGCGGCACUGACGCGGAAAGCGUGCUGCGGGGCGCCUUCACUGGCGUGGAGGAGGUCGUCUACGCAAAGGACCACACAGAGCUCCGCAAAUUAGUGAAGGAGCGCAACAAGACUGCAAACAAGUACGAGUCCGCCCUUAACAAGGUGGUGAACAAGAGCGUCAAGGUGCGCCGCAAGGCCGAGCUCAAGGGCAACACUGUGUUGCAGCAGCGGGAAGACCUCAAGGACGAUGACUUCGAGCGCUACGUGAAAAAGAGGCCCACCCACAGACUUGGCAAAAUACCUUGCGUCGGAGAGAAGGUAGACACCCUGAAACACUGCGCAAGCCGCCUGGGGUCGCUCAACUCGCGCGUGAAGUCCGAGCAGGAAGAGUGGGAGACCAGCCAGCCUCUAAAUACGUGCUUUGUGAUUUUCUCUACGCAGCGCGAUGCCCAGGAGGCUUACCAGCGGGCGCCCGUGGCCUUGCCCAAGGGCUCCUACGACCGCUGUAUCAUAGGCUGUGCCCCAGACGAUGUGAACUGGGACAGCCUUUCAAUGAGCAAGAGCGUGCGCAGGUCGAAGCGGCUGGUGGGCAACUCUAUCCUGACCGCGAUGAUCAUCUUCUGGGCCAUCCCGGUCGCCGUGGUGGGCUGUAUCUCCAACAUCAACUUCCUAACCGAGAAGGUCCACUUCCUGCGGUUCAUUAACAACCUCCCAGACGUGCUGAUGGGGCUCAUCACGUCAUUGUUGCCCACGAUCAUGCUCGCAGUGCUAAUGUCGCUCGUGCCCAUUUUUAUCCAGCUCGUGGCGAACAAGACAGGCUCGAUCAGCCGCCAGGAGACGCAGCUGUACUGCCAGAGAUGGUUCUACGCGUUCCAAGUCGUGCACGUGGUGCUGGUGGUGAUGCUCGCGUCUUCCGCAGCUUCGACGGUUACCGCCAUCAUCGACGACCCGAACAACGCCUUCGAGCAGCUCGCGCAGAACAUGCCGCUGUCCGCUAACUUCUACCUCUCCUACGUGAUGUUGUUCGCCUUCAUCUUUGCUUCCGGCGUGCUGUUGCAGCUCACGGGUUUCGUCCUGAGCUUCAUCCUGGGUCGGAUCCUAGACUCGACGCCCAGGCAGAAGUGGACGCGCUACAACACGCUCAACUUGCCGACGUGGGGCGUCAUGUACCCGCUCAUGGAGCUGCAGGUCUGCAUCAUGCUCGCGUACGCGAUUGUGACACCGGUGUUGCUGAUCAUCAGCACGCUGGCCCUGCUGUUCGCAUACGUGGCCUACAUGUACGUCUUCAACUACGUCUACGGACUGAAGCACGACUACAAGGGCAGAAACUAUGUCAACGCGCUGUUCCAGGUCUUUGUGGGCCUCUACCUGGCCGAGGUGUUCCUGUUCGCGCUGUUCAUCAUGGGCCGUGCCUGGGGCCCGCUCGUCCUUAACGUGAUCAUGCUGGCCUUCACCGUGCUCGUGCACCUCUAUCUCCAGCGCCGGUUCCUGCCGCUCGUCGACGCCGUGCCCCUCAGCCUCCUUGACGGCGCCGCCGGCAGCGUCGGCAAGGACCAGGGCUGGGCCGAGGUCGUCCGCGCAGGCCGCGCGCGCCCGCUGGACGGCCUCGUCGCCCUCACCAACAGGCUCACCGGCGCCGCGACGCCGGCCCACCCGGCCCCCGUCAACCCCGACGCCGAGAAGGCCGCGCUAUCCCGCUCCGCGCCCGCCGCCGCCUCAUCCGCGUUGGCCCGCGUCAAGAACUUCUUCCACCCCAGCGCCGCCUACAACUACGACCUCGCCAAGAGCAGGCUGCCCGACACCUACGACAAGCCGCUCGAGUACGCCGAGGGCUACACCCGCUCCGCCUACACCGACCCCUGUAUCCGCGACAAGGAGCCCGUCCUGUGGGUCCCCGAGGACCCCAUGGGCGUCGCCGCCAGGCAGGCCGCCAUCGCCGAGCAGCACGGAGUUAAGGUCUCCACCAGCCACACCGGCUUCGACGAGAAGGGAGCUGCCAUUUACACUGACAACCCCCCCGAUUACACCCCCUAUGACUACGUUAAUCACUAG